GCAGAAUAUGGCACUGCUGUGGUAGGUUAGUGCCAAUGUCUCCUUUGCUCACCUGUGGCUAUGACCCCCACAGACACCAUGGGAGCACUAGUUUGGCUUGGCUAUGUUCGGUGGUGAUAGACAGAGAUAAGCAGGUGUGAGUCUGCCAAUCCCUCCCCACCUGAGGAUGGGAAUUGUGUGAACAGUGUGGGGGCGUCAGGCCCUGGGGUGCUUGCACCUGCAUGGGUAGGAGGGUUGAGGCGGCUGUGGGGCCUCUGUGGUUCACUCAGAGUCAUAUGCAGUCACCUGACCACUGGCACCCUGAAGGAAGGGGUAACCUGGGCCAGAGGGGGCAAGCAUCAGAUAGGGCUUGGCCCCUUAAGUGCUGAUGGAUUAAAUAGGAGCCACCUGUAGGGACUCUAGCAGUUUGGCGCGAUCCCCCGUGAGAGACUGAAGAUGGAGGAGGUCAUCGCGGGGCUGGAAGGGUUCACGUUUGCCUUUGAGCAGGAUGUGGAAUUGCAGAAGGGCACUGGGCUCCUGCCUUUCCAGGGCAUGGACAGUGAGUGGCAAUGGCAUGUUCCCCUACCCAGGUCCUUGCGGAGCUCUUCUCUCUGGUAGUUCACUGUCCAGGAUAGAAAGGCAGAUUUCCGAGCUCCCCACUGGCCUCCAGGGCUCCCUCCCUGGCUGUCCCCAAAGACUUGCACCUCCUCUCAGAGAUGGUCCAGCUCAGCUGUGUGCAACUUCUUCGCUAAAGGGCUCUGUGGGAAAGGGAUGCUGUGCCCGCUUCGGCACGAGACGGGCGAGAAGAUGGUGGUGUGCAAACACUGGCUCCGAGGCCUUUGCCGAAAGGGGGAUGGUUGCAACUUCCUGCACCAGUACGACGUCAACAAGAUGCCGGUGUGCUACUUCCACUCAAAGUUCGGUUGCUGCAGCAACAAGGACUGCUCCUUCCUCCACGUGAAGCCAGCUCCCAAGACCCAGAGCUGUCCUUGGUAUGACCAAGGGUUCUGCAAGGAUGGUCCCCUGUGUAAAUACCGCCAUGUCCACCAAGCAAUGUGUCCCAACUACUUCACCGGCUUCUGCCCCAAGGGACCUAAGUGCCAGUUUGGGCAUCCCAAGAUGAGUCCUGCACUCCACCCCAGUAAUGUGAAGGUAAGUCUUGUCAAACAGCCAAAGAAUCUAGCAACUCCAGCUUCUUCUGGCAACAUUGUAGCAGCCCCCUCCCAGGCAAAGCCCAUCGUGUCCCAUCAGAAGAGGUGGACCCUGCCUCCUGCCUGCAGCUCAAGGGCCCAGCCUGCACCAUAGGUAAGUGAAGGAGCCCACAGGGCAGGGAGAGCCCUUCGGUCUGCUGAGGGCUGCAGGGGAGGGCCAAGCACCUAGUUGGAGACCAUGACUCCACAUCUGCAGCUGAGGAGGAUGCCAUGCUGGGGAGGUGCAUGCCUGCAAUCCCAGCAUGCAGCAGGCUGAGUCUGCAGGACUGACUGCAGCAAGUCUGAGGAGGCUCAUUUAAUCUACAUAGCGAGCUCCAGGACAGACAAGGCUACAUACGGAGUGAAUCCUUGUCUGAAAAGAAAGCUGAACUGCUGGGCAUGGUGGUGUAGACCUUCGAUCCCAGCGCAGAGGAGGCAGAGGCAGGUGGAUCUCUGUGAGCUGGAGGUCAGCCUGGUCUACAGAGCGAGGUCCAGGUGUACUAGGGCUGCAUAGUAAGACCCUGUCUCAAAAUAAUUAACUAAAAUAUAAAAAAUAAACAAUGCCUUUAUGAGGUAGAUGACUGUCUGUCCUGCACUGUAAUUUUUCUCUUUAACCAAAUAAUCAGAUGGUGUACGCCUUUAAUCCCAGCACUUAGGAGGUAGAAACAGGUGGAUCUCCGUGAGUUCUAGGGCAGCCUGGUCUACAAAGAGAGUUCUAGGACAGUCAGGGCUGUUACACAGAGAAACCCUGUCUUGUGAAAAAAAAAAAAGUGGAGGCAGGAGGAUCAGAAGUUCAAGGUCAUCCUUGGUUAUAUAGAGAGGCAGUUUGGGCUACACAAGACCUAGUUUCAAAAAGAAAAUACAGUUUCACCAGAAUGCUAGGCAAGAGGACAGAACCCUUUAUUUUCUUGUAUGUUUGACUUAUGAACUUUGAAAAUCAAGAAAUACCUUGUCUGCAAUCUGGGAGCUGAAUGUGAAUCCUAAGUUUCUCUCUUUUGGGUCCAGAUCUUGUGAUUAUUCUCAGAAUGGUCUCAAACUACUGCACUUACAAGGUCUUCCCACCUCGACCUCCGGAACAAGACCCCCGAGAGGCUGGAGAAGCCAAUACAUUCUUUAGAAAACCAGCCUGUGGUUCCCUGGACAUGCGGGGACUUUUCUUUGGAGAAUUGAUAAGAAGGCAUGACCUUAACUUUCUCUCUUUUCUUCAAAACCCAGGCCACCAUGCCCGUGAAGAAAGCUGUACCAGCUGGAGUCAUCAAAACCUAGCCUCUAGCAAGGGAGCUGGAAGCCCUCCUAGUGACGGGGCUCCAUGGCCUCACCAGGGAAUUCCGCACAUAGUGGUCCAGUGAGCCCCAUCACCCCAGUGAGAUACAGGAUGCAGAAACAGCCUACAGCAUCUGGCUUAUUUCCAUCUAUCCUGUACAUGAACAAGCUGCCAAAAAUUAGAGCAGGCAGAGGUCGGCUGACUGCGGGAAGGAGGAGUCAUCUGUGAACCAGUGGAGCAAAGGGCACUGAACUCCACCAGGUCAGUCGGUAUCCCAUGCUCAGCUCCCAUGCUCUUGCAGACCGCUCUGGGUCAAUGGCCUCGAGUGCUCCCCAAAAUGGGCAAUGUAAUCAAACAGUUGCUUUUAGCUCGACAGCUGUUUGCCUGUAUGGCUUGUAUAAAUUUGAGAAUACAUUCCGUGUCUUAUGUGAAGCUGUAUUAAUCCUCCCCACACACACACAUACACACUUUUUUAAACACCUCUACCCACUGAGCCUUCUUUUCUGGCCCUGGAAAUAAAUAUUUUAUUUUAUUUUUGU